AUGCCUGUUUCUGUACCAUCUGAGGCUGCAGAAGUGAGCUUGUGGGAGAGAAAAACUGUUGUUGUUGCUGCUGCUGCUGCUGCUGUUGAUGUUGCUGCAACUUCUGUAGCAACUGAAACUGUUGUUGGUCUGAGAGGCCUGUUUGUGACAUUUGUUGCAUCUGUACCUGAGCCUGUGGUUGUGCUCUCUGUGAUGUGCUGCUAUGGUGUAGCAACUGAAGAGAGGAUUGCUGCAAUUGAGGCUGCUGUAGAAUAUGCCUCUGCGGCUGACCAGGCUGCUGCUCUUCAGCCUGUUGUACCUUCACGUCUUGCUGUAGAGCUGUCAGCUGAUAUGAAGUCUGAGUUGGCAUAUUGCUCACUGGGAACUGUUGCUGCUGAAUUUGAGAAUAGCCAACUGCAUGCUGGAAACUUUGGUUUGGAAUCUGAUUACUCACAGCCGAUGCCUGGAAUAUCUGCUGUGGCUGUGACUGCUGCUGUUGUAAUUGUUGUGCAUGUUGUUUUAGUUGCUGGGAGUGUGGUUGAGGUGCCUGUACCUGUUGCUGCUGAGUCAGCUGAUGCUGUUUCAAUUGUUGUUGUUGCUGCUGCUGCUGCAGUCUUUGCUGUUGCUGCUGUUGUUGUUGCUUUUGUUGCUCUUGUCUUUCCUGUUGCUGUUGUUGUUGUUGGAUAUUAA